AUGAUGCAUCUGCGCUUUCUGAUACUGGCGUCUUUCUCGAUUUACUUCGAUGCAGCGGUGUUACCAGAACGCCGGACGGAUGAAAUGAUUUUACAAAACGGUUAUCGCGUUGAAAUACAUAGGGUGGAAACUCCGGAUGGAUACUUAUUAACGUUGUUCCGUAUCCCUGGGGAGCCAGGGUCCACCCCCGUAUACUAUCAGCACGGCCUUCUCGACAGUUCAGAUUCUUUUGUUGCCAUGGGAAAAAAUAAAAGCUUGGGUUUCCUGCUUCAUGAUGAGGGCUUUGAUGGAUGGGCUGGAAAUUUUCGCGGUAAUGACUACUCCUUCAUAAACAAAAAUUACGAUAUUGAUUCACCGAAGUACUGGGAUUUUAGUUGGGACACAUUAGGCGAAAGAGACGUGAGAAUAAUGAUAGACUACAUUCUGGAGCAAACAGGGAGCCCUCAGCUGAUUUACAUCGGACACUCGAUGGGCACAACCUCUUUCAACGUCGCCGCCAGCAGGUUCCCGGACGUCAACGAGAAAGUAAAAGCCUACAUCGCACUUGCACCCGUCACCACUUUCCAAUAUUCCAAGUCCCCGAUCUUCACCACUCAGUUCCUCGGACAACUUUUCCAGGCUCUGCAACAGUAUCCAGAUGGCAGUACCGACGGACUUAAUAAAACGCAUUCUAAUAGUCUUCCAUUCAAUUUACCGACCGCGCUUGAGCUGUUGAACAAAUUCGUUUGGGACUUUACAACUGUUGGAAAUUUCGCUGAACUUUUCCUGAACGCUUUGGGUCACGGAGAAAUUAAGGGUGUGAUAUCACGACGAUACUGCACAUCAAACUACGUGUCACUUAGGCUUUGCUUAGGCCAGCUUAGCGCAAUUGUUGGGAACGACGAGAAAAAUCUGACGCCGGAACUGGAGCAGCUAAUAUUUCUCAUUACGCCGAAAAGCAGCUCUUUGAAAAUGGUCAAACAUUAUUUACAGCAAAGAGACGCAGGACAUCUUUUCCUUUACGACUAUGGAUCGGAAGAAAACAAUAUGCAGGUGUACAAUUCACCAACACCCCCAGAGGCAGACUUCGCGAAUAUUACCUGUCCUACUUUCUUCGUCUACGGCCAGAAUGACUUGCUGACUGCCGAAGGGGAUGUUCGAGCCGCAUACAGUAGGCUGGGAAAUGGCCGAGAGCUGAUAGCAGUGCCUCGCGCAACUUGGAAUCACGAUGACUUUUUGGUUACGCAAGGUAUUGAGACGAUAUUGCAUAGAGGAAUCAUCCUUCCGAUUGUAAAUCAAUUUAAAUAGAUCGAAUUUCCACUAAAUAAAAUGAAAAUACUCCAACCGA